GAAUAAUAAUAAUAACAAUAAAUCAUUGAAUGGUAUGAAUCAGCAGAAACACAGAGAGAGAAGAAGAAGGUAGCCAUGGAAAUAGCUGCUCGUUCGAUCCUUAACAACCUCCAGCUUUCUUCUUGCACAAAGUCUCCUCCUUUCACUAUUCACUCGUCACACGACACUGGAAGAAGACCACGACCAAGUUCCUUGGCUUUUCUUGAUUGCCCAGAAAGAUCCCAGAUUCUCGGAAAAUGCCUCCGACUGCAGAGACAGAGAUCCUCCGCGCCCUGCUUAUCAGCCAGCCGAGAUGAUGUUAACCCAUCUGAAGAACUCGCCGUGAUACUUGAGGUUGAUGGGGUAAUGAUUGAUACAUGGUCUAGUAAUCGCCAGGCUUUCAAUGUAGCUUUUAAAAAGCUUGGCCUUGACUGUGCUAACUGGCCUGAACCAGUUUAUGCAGACCUUUUGAGAAAAGGUGCUGCUGAUGAAGAGAAAAUGUUGGUUUUGUAUUUCAACCAGAUUGGAUGGCCUUCCUCCUUGCCAACCAAUGAGAAAGGCACUUUUGUAAAAAGUGUAUUGCGAGAAAAGAAAAAUGCCAUGGAUGAGUUUCUGAUGUCGAAAAGCUUACCUCUGAGGACUGGAGUCCAAGAGUUUAUCGAUAAUGCAUACACAGAGAAAGUACCCAUUGCUAUCGUAACAGCCUACUUCAAGAGUGGAGACAAAGUAGCCUUAUCCAUUGUCGAGAUGCUUGGCGAAGAAAGACUUCCAAAUGUGAAGGUUAUCGGAGACAAUGAGGUGGAACAGAGUAUGUAUGGACAACUUGUUCUAGGCAAAGGAGUUUCUUCAAGUCUAGAGGAGCAACUAGUCAAGGAAGUAAAAAAAGCAGCAUCCGCUGAGAAACAGAGGAUAGCAGAAGAAGUUGCAUCGAUGCUAAAGCUAAGUGUGGACAUUGACACAAGCUCAUCUGAGAGAUUGGAGAAAAUUGUUGUUGCUUUGCGUGCUGCUGCAGAGUAUACUGGGUUACCUGUUAGAAACUGUGUACUUGUUGCUGGUAGUCAAUCUGGAGUUUCUGCUGCAAAGAUGAUAGGCAUGCCUUGUGUGGUCAUGAGAAGCAGUUUAACUGCAAGAGGUGAGUUUCCAUCGGCAAAAGGUGUAAUGGAUGGGUUUGGAGGUGCAGACUUGACUAUUCAAAAACUUAGGCACAAGAUCAAGUCUUGAAGAAACAAUUCAAGAAAGCUAUCUCAGAUGAUACCGUCGUGUGUUUGUUUAUUUCUGGUGAAGUUUUCAGGUUGAUGAUAUUUUAUCUAUUGCUGCUACAUGCUGCUGUAACAUAUUUGAUUCUUUGUAAUGUACUGUUUAGGUUAGUUUUCAGACAUCAACAAGCUUCUUCUCAAACUAAUGUCUAUUUUAGAUUCCAAAGCUCUACUAUUUUUUUUUU